AUGGCCUCCCAGGGACCUCACCCGCAAGACUGCCUGCCGGCACCCGCCAAGGCAUCCGGUGCCAUGACCUCGCCAGUGGGAUGGAACUCUCCGUUUGAGCUCCCGCUCCCCGACGACCCGCAGUACGGACUCGAGGCUUGGGUCGCGCGGAAAAAAGAGAUGGCUUGCGACGGUAAGCCCGAUAACGGACCGCCGCCUACUUGGCAGCAAUGUGCCCAGCAGCAUCUCUGGAUGUGGCAAGCGAAAGUUGAGCAUGGGUUGUUGGACUAUCCGAGCGAUGAGUCCGGAUUGAUCCCGGAGGCACAAACCAGCCUCAUUGGCCGCUGGGCGGAAGUUCUACGCGGCCUUAAGCGGGCGCAUAACGAGUGGAAAAAGCGAUGGUUUCAGGCGUACGGUUACUGGGCCCUUCGACUUUGCACAAAGUCGCAACUCGCCGCCUUGUUGGGCGUGCCAAUCAAUCGGCUUCCCCGUCACCCCAACUUCGGUUCCAUGGUAGCUGCGACUCUUCACAUCCCUCUCACCAAAAUUAGCGAGUACAGGGCACGGGACUACGACAAACAGCGCUGGCGAUGGAUUAACAGGUGGGAAAUCUUCAAAAACCGCAGGCACCCACACAAGCAACAAUGGAGACGCCAGGACAAAAUGAGACCUCUUGAACGUCCGCAAUAUCUCAGGGAACGCCAGUUGCUUCGCCACGAGGAGCAACACCUGAGAAAUCCGGAAGGGGAGUAUUUGGACCUUGAGGUUGUGAGACAGCUGGGACUUCAGGAAGCGAAGCAACAACAGGAAAUCGAGACAAUUAUAGAUCAACUGAAGUCGCUGGAGGAGCUGGAUGAAUGGGAUCGGCGCGAGGCUUCACAGACCAAGUAG